AUGCCAUCAUCAAUAGCGCCCGACGACGAUGUGUCCCAAAUUCCCACCACUCCUUCCACUCCUUCCAAGGCUAGCAGGGCAAACACCAAUACGAGUGCAGAAACGCCGACAAAUGGUAACCCAAGUCCGCGUGCAGAACCUAAUCCAACGCCUCCCGCCGUCGCAACAAAAGCCCGGCCCAGGUCGGACUCCAAAAAAGAACCCACAUUGUUGACGGAUUUCCUCCGCGGGAAACAAUCUGCAGCUCGCCUAGCUGCAGAUCGCAAACGUCGACAAAGCAUCGAAGCCGUCAAGGCUGAGUUACGUCAGGAGAUGAGACAAAGCCCCGUACGGAAACUUCAACAACCAGGCGGCGUAAGAGAGAGGGUUCAAAAAUGGCAAAAGGCCAAUGCUUCAUCCAUGGCCGAGGGGGAUCCAAGUGAUGCAGCAACAGAACCUACAGAAGUUGCAUUCAAGGGGGAGGACGAAGUAAGCGUCACAGAAUCCGAUCGGAUACGAAUCAAAUUCAGGCAAAAAAGGAGAAGCGACUCGAGACCAAAGGCUCCGCCAGCAUUUUUAAACAGCCCAACAGCUCGUUCGAGUACCGACAAGAUCGAGACGGACAAUAUACAAUCUACUUCUCCCCCAAAGAAGCGAGUCGUCAGUGACGAACACUGGAGGAAGCCAAGAGCCCGCAAAAGCCCUCCCAGGCGAAGGGUUUCUCCCUCGAACAAGAAGCUGUCGCCAAGCCCUACCGGGCUUCCAAAAGAUUUUGUUCGACGAUCUGGAGGAAACCCAUUGGUAUCAAACAAAAUAAAAGAAUGGGCUGCCAGGAUAGAAAUUCCUGAAUCGCCGAGAAGCCACGGAUCGCCCAAAGCAAAGCAUAGGAGCGCGCGAUCCGAUGGAGCCAAAAGCGAGGCGGGCGAUUCUGUCAGUGACAUUACGGCCAAAUGGGCUCAGAAUCGAGAAUCACGAAACGUUGACGGGAUUCGUAUAAAGCCUCUGAAACCAAGGAAGUUGGAUGAUGAUGGAAUCCGUAUCUCGUCUCCAAAUGCGACCACUGCCGUUCAUGAUGAUGGCAUCAGAAUACGACCAAUAAGUGAGCCUUUCCAAGCCAUGGCCACGCGCAGAGAAGAAAAGCCUAUAUCGCGGUCAAGGAGAAAAACAACUUCUGAUUCCGGUCGCCCAAGUUCGCCAUCAGGUCUACCCGACGUCAAACAAGAUUCAUCCGAUCUCUCGCAGCAAACUGGGAGUCGAACCUCUGAUGAACUAAGUAAAUCUGACGCCAAUGAAGACCCGGAUUCUGUGCUUGAUACACCUCCCAAGGGCAGGGGAUCUCGGCGGCAAAAAGCGCAUUCCCCUGAGCUGUCCAAGACCAUUGAUGAUGUUUCAUAUUUGAGCGAAGAGCAAUCCAAUAUCAGCAGCAUGUACAAGGCAGCCUCAGACCUGGCUUCGAGUGUUGCUAACAAAUCUAUUGCAGAUCUCCCGGGAGACAUUCCUUUUGGACAUUCUGCUUUUAGUGAGCUCGACUUGACAAUUGACGGCCAGCCCAGAAGUCGUCCCAAGCGCACCAAAGUCGACCGGACUACCAGCCUCAAAUCCGUGCCAAAGGUUUUCAAGAAAGUUGUUCAAGAGGGCAAGAAGAUCAUACAUGAGAUGAACGAACCUCCAAAACAGAUCGUUUCAAAUAAGCCGCCAAGCAUCGAAAAAUGGCUCAAUACGACGGUUGAUCCGUUUGUAGAUUCAAAAUCAGGAGCCGAAUCAAAACCUCCGUCACCUGGGGCAAAAGAAGGACGUGUGGGAGGACGUGUGGAAGAAGACCGAGCGAAAGCCGUGAAGCCGCGUGGUCGUGGACCGCAUGGGGCCGGGACCUCCCAACACUCCGCUUCGGGCCAUCGCGCCGAAGCCGAUGGUGAUAUCCGGAAGGAGAUGGUUGAAGAAGAGCAUCAGACUCCGGUGUCUGAAGCGACGAAGGGUUCUACAACGCCUCCAUCGUCGGGGCUGAAGAGAAGCCGGGCGGUUAGGAGCAGCUCUUCUCCCCUGAAGGCGGAAGGUGCCAGGCGCCAACUGUUUGGUGCUCUCAAGGAAGCAUUCCAGGGAGAAUCAGGCCCUCAUCCAGUCCGACCAAAGAGCUAUCAAAGCACUGAACGGAAAUUCCUGCACACGGAAGACGUUCCCCAACCUCUGCAAAUACGAAAGUCCAUGCCGCCACCGCCGUCAUCCAAAUCCCUGGAUGGCACCGACAUUUCGCCGCAGACGCUGGCUGCACCAAGGCUUCCCCCUCCCACUAGUGGAGAUCACGAGCUAUCAACAAUUCUAUCAGAGGAAAGUUCCAGCGCCGUCGACUCUGAUUUGACGUCCGAUGUCAGUCAGUCGACCCUGACACAGUCAACCACUCUGACAAAGGACAGUGGUGCAUCAAAGUCUGCUGUGAAUCCGGCAGGGGGAUUAAAGAGAAGGCUGACAAAACAUUCCGACUUGGUGUCUGUGCUGUCACUACCGGAUGACUCCAGCAUCCCAAAAGCCGUCAGCCGCUACCGCUGUAGACCAAGCCUGCGUAAGAGAAGAAGUGCCUCGUGCGAAGUCGCUUCACAGGAGUUGCUGCGCGAAUUCAUCGACGAUGAAAACUUGUACCUCCGCGAGCUCAAGACACUUGUUGACGGGGUAGUGCCCGUACUACUCUCGCAUGUGGUCAGUGGCACCAAUGUCACGGAGCUCUUUGGCCCUUCGGCCUCGGGACAGGUACCAGACUGCAUUUCCAAAUCUGUUGUCAACAUGGGCGUGGCGUUGGAGAAGCUCAAAAGUGCACAUAAGAAAGCUCCCACGACGGAUAUUCGCAAAAUGGCUAACUGGGCACAUGGUGUUGUGCCCAUGUACAACAGUUAUAUCAAGGCCUGGCGACUCGGCUUCGAUGAUGUAGUCGUCAACUUGGCUCCGGCAGCGGAUGGUAUGGAUGAUGGAGAUUCGUUGCUAAAUGCUUUGCCAAGAAACGAAAAGGGAGAUAUUGUCAAUAGCGAUGGAGAGCGCGUGGCAGUCGCUCACCUCUUGAAACGGCCCUUGAUGCGAGUCAAACAAAUUGUCAAGCUCAUGCGAUGCGUUGACUCCAUUAUCGGAACCAACGACACUCGUGAGCUUCUCCGAGACUUUGAGGAUCUGCAAGACAAGGCUCGUCGACGAUACAGAGAAGAGACCGCGAGGCUUGUGGAUGAAGAGGCGGCCAGCACAUCAACAUCUAGAUGUCGAGAUCUGGGAACAUUGGAUGUCUGCCACGCAGUCUUGGUUGAACCCAGCCGGCAGGUCAACGCCAAGGACAUGUUUUCUCUCAGCUUGUGUCACUCCAACAGCCAAAGACUGGAUUGUCAGGUGGAGCUCAUAUACAGAGACAACCAAGCUGAUACCACCGAUGAAGGCGACGUCCUGAUACGAGAGAAGGGAGAGGGCCGUAAAUCCUAUCUUCUUUUCCCUCCCAUUAGCAUGUCUAUGAUUUCUGCAAGAACAGGGGGUAGCAGUUUUGAUAUCAUUGUCAUGGUCCGAGGCACAAGCAAGGAAGUGGCGUGGCGUGAGGUCUUUACCCUCACAGCUGACAAUGAGAACCAAAUUCUUGAUUGGCUUGAUAUCCUUCCCUCACAACCCAUACCACCUACAGAAUUUGGUCCGCUAGCAGCUCGCGAGGCCGAAGAAAGGCCUCAAAACCAGCCAAGAACACCAACCCGAUGGCGAGAGCCCUCGGCUGGGGCCGCUCCCAAGUCAUCACCCGAAGAGACCCCUCGGUCGCCAAUUGCUAAAGACGUCUCAAUUUCCACGCCCACAAGCAUAAGCAAGGAGACUGAUGUGUCCAACCACCAUCCUGUCACUUCAACACCAAGACAGACUUCUCCUUCGUCGGAUAGCAAAUCGUCGCGACCGCCCUUGAGAGAUCCGGACAAGACACCAACAAAGGAUGAUCCUCAUGCAACGGAAUAUGCUGAAGGUAGAGGUCGACCUUUGAAGGAAAGCAUGCGGCCGGACCCACGGUCUCUUCAACCCAAGAAACAAGUUCAUACGCCCAACACCUCGCCGUGUAGAGAAGACGGAGCCCCUCCGCCACCCAUCCACAGGAGCCUUAGCACGAGCCCGAAGACAGAAGGGGGAGACGUUCGCAAGUCAGCACCAGCCAUGCCGCCCCCAGCAGCAGAUCAACAUGGCAGCGAUCGCCUUAAGCGUCGCGGGUCAUCGCCAUUGAAGCACGAGUAUUUGCCGUCGGACCAGUCGUCAACCUCGGAGGCAUACUCGACAGAAGAGUCUGAAGUCGAGUCGUCUGACGACGAGAUGGAGAGUCCUGACAUUCCAGAAACUGAAGUAGGCGUUAGUAUCAAGGAAGAGAACGUUGGCCGACCGCAGCCAGGCGUCAUUCUCAUGCCCGAGUCUGAGUGUAGUCUGACGCCGUCUCAUUCGGCUUCUCAGGCCGGCCCGUACGGCCACAGCGUUAUUUCGAACGAGCCUGGUGCACGGUACAUGGCUCGCAUUUCCCGAUGGUCCGAGAAGGGGGUGUGGAAAGACAUCAUGGCCGACCCAUGCUCUGUUGUCGUCACGAACGGUCUGAUUGAAGCAUAUUCUUUCCGUACGGCAUCUGACACAGGCAACAGUGGCCCUCCACUUGUCGCCUUGGACCUGACACCUUUGGUUCUCAUAAGACAGAGCACCGCGGUUGACUUGGAGAUUCGCUCGUCCGUUCAAUCUCACUCCAGGCUCUAUCGGUCACACAGUGGUGGGAACUUCCGAUUCCGCUGUUUCGCGGCGUCGGAUUGCUACGGUCUAUACAUGUCGGUACAUCAAGCUCGACUCCAGAAUCAAAAAUUCAUUCAGCUUGAGAACGAAGCCAGAUUCAAGGGCUUUGGGGAACGUGGGUUACCGGAAAAUGACGGCGAAACGAGCAGCCAACGACGGAGCUGGUUUGGUAGGCAGAACAGUUACCGGAGCUCGAUCCGCGCGCCCUCGCAGUCUCAUGACGGAGCCAGCACUACGCCCUCGUCCACGCCAUCGGCGUCCAGUUUCCUCAAACGCCUGACAAUGAAUGGCAACAUGUCGUUUAAUAUCGCUAAAUCAUCGAUUGACAGACGAAGCUGGGCUGGAAGCGGAGUACAUAGCCUAUAUGCAUCAGGGUCGUCAUCAUCAGCCGGCGGUACUCCUCCCCGCUCUCCCUCUGUUAGCAUUGCGAAUGACGGCCAAUGUGCGAUGAAUGGGGUAGGUACGGACAACAUCCGAAUCCGACUUCAUCUGCUCGUCACCUCGACGAAAUGGGAAGACUAUGGGAACUGCAGUCUGCAGAUAAGACGGCCACCGCCCGGCUGGCGUCAAGCGCUGAGGGCGGAUCACGGCCUCGAAAAGCGCAUCACAGUAACGACCUUGCCGAGGAAGGACAGUGAAGAAGCCAAGAUUGUGCUCGAUGCCGUCUUGGGCAGCGGUUGCUUCUCAUCCAUGGGGAGCCGAGGUAUCGUAUGUGGUGUAUGGGAGGAGGUGAAAAAUGGAGACGGUGUUGUAGGAAUGGUACCGGAGACCGGCGCGACAGGCGGAAACAUUAAAAAGUGGUGUUUCCAGUUCUCGAAUGCCGCCGAGGCCAACGGUGUGCUCACCCUUGUACACCAGGAAGUCUUGCGGGCGUAA